AUGAAGAUCUUACCGUUCGCCCACCUGACUAUUUAUCGAGAUAUCUAUGGGUUUGCAAUGAUUUUAGGUAUGUUGUUAACGGGAAGGCAGAGAGCAACGGCCAUGAACACGAUGAGAUGCCGUACUUUAUCCCCAGAGAAGGCGGAAGAGACAAUGAUGUGGACAAGGACAUGCGACUGCUAUGCUAUCAGCCUUGUACUCAGUGGCCGUGCUGGAAAUGGAUAUUUCCUGACCGCAUCAGCGAUUACGAGGAUUUUGCCACAUCAGCGCAGAUGGGGGAAAUCCAUUCACUCCGACGGACGGCGCGCGAGCAGCUUUGACCCGACGUUGCCAGAGGAUGACGAUAUGCUGCAGCAUUUAUGGAGUGGCCUGUUUCCGAUGCUUCCUUACGAAGGACGUGUCAACGCGCGCUGGCGAGACGUAGGCUUCCAAAAUGAUGACCCAGUGUCAGACCUUCGCACCUCUGGACGUUUGGCCAUCCGGAUGCUGCUCUACUUCUCAGACCACGUGAACGAUGAGUUUAAGCGUAUGCUAAGGGAGAACUGCUUUCCUGUGUGCGUGUGCGCAUUGAACCUGCUGGAGAUGCUGUUGUGCCACUUAAAACUCAAGGAGCCACUGCCUUUAGUUUGUCCAUGUUGCGGCACGGAAAAUGCUGAGCUAGAGACAUCAGCGCAACCGAGUCGAGCCCAUCCAGAGCUAUGUGGUUUCACAGCAUUAAUAGUUGACGCAUCCUCACUUGCGUCAGCGGCAUUUUCUCACCGAUCAGCGGAAGGCGGGCCUGCAGAGGUAGCUCUUGCGCAUAUAUUUGCCCACUCGCUUUUAGUGAUGGACGCCGUAUGGAAACAGCGGCUGCAGCAAAACCCGGCAAUGACACUGAUGCACUUUCGUGAAGCCCUUGUAGAGACUCGAGCACGUAUUGUGGUCUUUCUUUCACGUCGACGCAUCCCCCUUACGCUUGAAGAGCUUAAUGUAUGGGGCUAUCGGCAACGAGAACGGUGUCGCAGUUUUUGUAAGAAAAGAUAG